AUGAUCGUCUGCUGUCAUUGCGGUGAGAAGGGUUUCAGCCCGCAUGGACGGUGCGGAAAGUGCGGCGCGCGGACCAUACAGCGCCGCAGCUCUUUCAACACGCCCCUCCAAAACGAUCGAGACCGUUGGGCGAAUCGCUACGUCAUUCCUGACGCGUCGAGCACAUCUCCUCACCUUCGCCGGCAGACUGUACCCAUCGCUCACCUGCCCAAAUUACGCGAAGAACCACCAGCUACGGCGACGCGACCCCUACCUCGCCCCAUCAAACCGCACCACUCCCCCUUCGAGGUCCAUAUCGACGAUGCAGACUCGCCUAGCACGCUCAAUCAACCCAUCGCUGCCCCGGUGAUGCCGGCACUGCAGGCCAAGUCGGUCAACGUGCUCCGACCCAAUCUCGGGCGGCAAUCCACCGGCCUAUCCGCGCAGUAUCCACUCGACCCCUCCCUCUUCCCCACGUCCGCGCUGGUCGCGCCGUUGGUUCCGCCCAAGCACAAGGAUAAGUGCGACCACGGAUGCGGAUGCGGAAAGCUCGCCGAAGACAUCAACCCUCGCAAGCCGGAUCCACACGGGGCGACCAAAAAACGGCUCUUUGGGGACUUGCAGCGGGUCUGCCAGCGCCCCGGGUCGGGCAUUCCGCCGGUCGGACUGGCUCCUCCGCUUCCGAAUCCACCCAUCACGAUUCGGAUGAUGCGUGAGCCAUCUUAUAGACGCCCGUCUUCCCCACUAAACCUGCCUGCGAUGUUUGCGCGUCUGCAGCGUGAUACAGCCCCGCCCACCCCCGUCAAUCCAUGGGGACCCCUCGGCACGCCUCUUCCGCCUCCCACUCCCAGCGAUGCCCGUAAUUUGCGGUAUCAACCUCCUAGCAGGACGACCCCCCUCACUGCCCCUCCAACACCCCGGCCAGACUACCUACCUCUCACUAGCGUCCCACAAGACCUCUCACCUCGACCCCGCUCGAACUCGUUACUGCGCACGCACGCCUCACAGCAGAGCGCCGAGGACCGCUUCGGCAGCUUCGGUCCCGGUCCCACUAUACCUCCAUCCACCCGCCCGCUCGUCCACAUCGAUGUGGUACCCCCCAACUCCAACCGGACCGAGAGCGUCAGCGAGCGCCGCGCCUCAUACAUGCGCGCCAUGAGCCGGGGGACCGCGAACGUCGCGGCGCCAAGCGAGCAAAUCGCCUCGGGAAGGAGAGUCGCAGAGCUCAGGGAGGCGUAUGAGCAGAGGAAGGCCGAGGCGCAACGGGCCCAGAACAGGCGGAUGGAGGAGGUUUCGAGGAAAUUGGCGCAGGCGCCGCCGAGACCUUGGCCGCCUGUUACAGCGCGUGACUUUGGCGCGGAAGGCGCUGCGCUCGGUCGGCAGUCGCCCAGACCUCGCCCUAACGCGGUGGCCGAGACGCGGGAGCGAUACGCUAGUCAGAAUGGUCAGUCGGAGGCGGGGAGCAACAGAAGCGCGCGUGUGGCGACGUGGAUGGCCUCGCUUCCGGGGACCGACCGAGCCCCGCCAGGCAUCCCUCUUCGCCAGGUCCCGGUCUCGACCGUCAACUCGUCCCGUCGCACUUCGGCCAAUGCCGUCUCUCGAGCGGCGUCGAUCACCAGCACGGACACCGUCAUAGUCCACAACCUCUCCCCCGUCCUCCCUCCUAUCAAUGAUCUGCAGAUCCGUCACUUCCGAGAGGUCGCCAACGACACUCUCCCGACCCUGGGACGCAAGCCCGGCUACCGCUUGAGCUCAACCUCGGUCCCUAAGCCUCGCAUACCACCCACUGGACCAGUCCCAUCCAACAGCAGCAGGAAUUCCAACUCGGUCAGUACUGUCAGAUCCCCGCAUCUCCGAGACGCAUCAGCCAGCUCGACCCGCCCCGCCGUCAUCCCCAAGCUCGGCGGGAAUAUGCCCCCGUGCCCAUGCUGCGGUGUCAAGAUUGCCUUCUUCGAUCGGGAUCGGGUCGUCGGUCCUUAUGGUACGGUAUGGCAUCAGUCGUGCCUCCAGUGCGGGGGCGGCGAGGGGGCGGGACGGGGAAAGUUGAUCAAAGGCGGAUGUGGGAAGAGGUUGGAUAAGGGUGCGAAUGUGGAUCUGGGGGGUACGAUGUGGUGUAAGAAGUGCUCUCUCGAGCGUAAAGCAAGGGUGCUCGUGCCUUCAUCUGUCAGCCCGGCCCUCCCGACUCAGCCGCUCUCAUACCAGCAAGCAACCCGCCUCGCCUCGCUUCGCCACCCACAACCAGUCAGGCUCUCGUCCCCCGAUAUAUCGAUGCCCCGAUACAGGUGGCCGUCCUCUAUCAGCAGAAGGAGCUCGCAGGGGAGGAGGGUGACGCCGUCGGGACCUAGGAGGGCGAGCUGGUGUAGCACCGGAACGGGCGGUGUCUAG